GAAAACAAAGUGAGCAAUUUUAUUCAUGCUUAGAGUAAAUAUAUAGCGGGAAUUAAUUAAUAAUGUUUGGCUGGGCAAUAUCAUUGGGGAGUUUGAGGCAUGCGCGUUCAAUAUCCCAUGACGUAUGAUUAUGCGUCAGUACUGUGCGGAGCUUCGUUCAUUUGGUCACGUGGUUGGCGAAGUCAUUAGGAAAACGAGUAGCUCUGGGAGCGAAAACACGUCAGUGGGGAAAAUACUUUUACUACAAUUGCUCAAGCCAAGAGAGACUGAUGUCUAUCAUUUCAAGGUUUAACGUAUUUAAUAUCAAAUUUUAAAGCUGUACAGGGAAGAGAAAUUACAUCAUUGAAGUAAAUUUCCGCUAAAAACUCCUGGAAUUUUAAAGUAUUGAAGUCAAACUUUUAAUUGACAGGAAUAACGACAAAAUUAUAACAUUCUUGUCUAUAAUUUCCGCUGAUAUCUGUUGGAUCCCAACAAUACAAACAGCUGGUAACCAGAAAAUCAAGUGUGAAGCUAGUUUUAAUUCUAAUUCAUCAAUGUCUUUCGCUAUUUAUUAGGGGAAAUUAAUUAACACAAACACGGCAUUGGAGACCAGAUAUGCAAAGGGCUAUAGGAAAUUAAGAGAGGAUUUACUCAGGGAAGAUCGUAUGAUAACCGGAGACUUUCCGUGUCAUUGGAUUAACAAAACGAUUUCCCACAAAAUUAGCGAACGUUUAAGGGAACAACAUUUCUUAUGCAGUGAUGCCUUUGGAAUAUCUUGAAAUCUAAAAGUUCACUUUGUUAAUACUAUGGAACUUGAUUCGUGCUUAGAUGUUGAAAAAAAGAAAGGAAGAAUUAAUCUUCGUAAUUAACUAGAAAUCCGUGUCAACACUACCCUGUCUGCAUCUAUCUGUCAGAGGGUGACAAUGUAAGGUCAUUUGAAUUCCAAAUUUAUUUCUUACCGCAGUCUUAUCGCUUUUGAGAAGUUAUAGCUGCAAACGCCUGUUGGAGGCCUGUACUGCUAUGCGGGGAAAUUUUAUCGAACUUGCCGAGGCUCAAAUCAUUGGAGCGUGAUGUUUCUUGCCCUUUGUUGAUUGAAUGAGGCGCGUUGUCAGCAAACGUUUAGUGAACAUGUCGAAACUCUGGGUUGGCGUACAAAUCUGUUUCCUGAUUACCAUCUGCCACCAAAUCGCUUAUGGCGCGCGACUUGUUCCCAAAAACAAAACGGACAACACUUUCAAGUACACCAGGUUCGCUUAUUCUGCUUACAGUUCUUUCGAAUUUUCCGACAAUUCUACGCUAGUGUUACGUUUCAAGACGACGAAAAAACGCGGCAUGCUGUUCUACAUGGAUGACGGUGGCACCAAAGAGUUUAUGGAUGCAUUCCUGUUAAACGGACAGUUAAGAAUUCGGAUCACAAUGGGCAGCUGUCAAGGAAAACAAAGAUUUUUAAACGGCUCUUUCGCUGACCUCAAAUGGCGCAAACUUACUCUACAACGAACCUCUGAGUCUGUGCUUGUGACAGUAGACAGUGCUGCUUCCAGUUACGUGCUUUGUGACGGAGUAAAGAAAACUGACUUCAAGAAACAUGGACCUCUGUACAUCAGCUACUUUCCGUCUUCUGAAUGGUCCCACAUUAAAUGGACCUUACGGGAUUCCCUUUGGAGAUCUCUGACCCUCGGCGGAUUCGAAGGUUGUAUGAAAACUCCAAGGUUCGCUACAGGCGACAAAAAGUUACGCCGAGCCCGUCUUUUGAAAAGCGAGCGUACCAUCCCCGGAUGCCGUGACGCGUGCAAAGACCCCAGUUUUGGCGGGAAAUGCCACAAUGGCGGGAAAUGCGUGAACAGGAUCGUGAGAAGAGAGUGCGACUGCAGAGGAACUGGAUUCAAUGGUCCGAACUGUUCUCGGGUCGCACUUGUGGAUUCCACAGCAGGACUGCGAUUCAAAGCAGAUUCUAAACGGUCUUAUGCUGAGUUCACCGGUUGGCCCAUGCCAGAAAUCAGCGAGCUGCAGUUUUACUUCAAAACAGGCUCACAAAAACCCGCCAUUCUCCUCUACCAAGACAAUGGCGUUGAUCGUGACACGAACGAUUACCUCGAAGUAUCUCUGGUGAAACAUGGCCACGUUCGGCUUCGUCUCCGUGGUAAUGGAUGUUCGAAGACUUACCUUUAUAUCCGUCGAAACUUUACCGAUGACUCCUGGCACAAGUUGAAAAUUUCACGACACGGCGUCCGUCUCAAUUUGACCGUUGACAACAUUUCAAGCGAAUACAUCUCCUGUGUACAGCCGCCGCGUUUCUCUGGACGCAAUGGAAAAGCUCAGAGCUCCCUUUUUAUGGGAGGAAUUCCACUCGAAAAUCCCCAGGGAACUCCUACCGAUGGGAAAUGGGCCCUGACUGGGCUGUUCCGCAAAGUACUACAAGAAAGCAGCUGGUUCCAGGGAUGUGUAGCGCUACUGAGAUACAACAGCGAGGCCAAGCCAUUCGAGAAUGUCAAGCUACUGGGGUCAAAAGGCGUGUGGGAAAACUGCAGCGGCGAGGCGUGUUCAAGUUCUGAACAGAACAAGUGUAAACACGGAGGGAUCUGUGUUGAUCUGGUGGUGAAGACCGAGUGCGAUUGUAAGGGGACUGGGUACUACGGACGCUUCUGCGAACGAUCAGUGAGCCAGGAACUAACGACGACUUCACAUGUUAGAAACACGGCCUUUACCACUGCACCAGACCACACCAAGCCGGACAAAGACAACGAAAACGAUGAGAAGAAUCCCGAUGAAACAAAAGGUGAACCAACAGCAAGGAAAAAUAAAAAGGCUCGUAAUGAAUCUUCUUCUCCGGUCGUUUCACCCGGGUGGUGCCUAUUACUCUCCAUGGGAUCUUUGCUCAUGCGCACUACUGCAGCUUGAUAAUGACAGGCAUUACUCUAUCGUCAGCGGAGUCAACGGAAAAAAGCUUGUUUCAGUGGUUCUAAAGUAGCAGUUGAUGGUUUUAUUCUGCAAGGGAUACUGUCCAACAGUGUUUUCACAGGAGAGAAGAAAAUGUUGAAACUUUAUCAAGAUUAAACGCGACUUGGAUCCAAGUUAAAGAAAGCUUAGAGAAGACAACUUAAAACUAUUUACAAUUAUUGAAAAAACAAUAAUUUCCAAUCUCCUUCCUCUAUUAAUUUUAGUCUUUUUUUAAUUAUUCCCCAAUAAGACCAAGUACGUUUGGAGUUACGGUGAGGCUGAUUAUUAAGACAAUCAUUUCAUGAAUCAACUUAUAUUUAACCAAGGAAUUCCUUCAUCUGUAUUUAAAUUAAAUAAUAGGUUUUCGUUGAAAACGUGAAAUUCUGAUGAAAAUGCAUGAACUGAUAUGUUAUUGGUGUAUAUCAACAUUGAUGCAACAAAUUAAUGUAGCUAAGAAAAGUAAUUAUGUUCUGCUUGCUAUGCUCUCUAAGAAAGUAGUAAUAUAUGUAGGGUAGCUCAAAGAUUACAAUCGAUUGGUUAUUACAUGUUAACUAGUAUGUGAACUUCAUUCUAGAAUCAGUUAUAAUCAUUUGAUCCUUGCAAGGUACAAACACAAAUGCGUGCUACUAAAAGAAAAACCUUUGAACUAGAAAUUAAGCUUCGAGAGAAAAACUCGUUGUAGCUGGAUCUCACGUGACCUACUCACCAAUGAGAAUUAUGGGUUAUCACUUGAAUAGAACAGUCACAAUAAAAUAAAUUAAACCGUCGACAAUUUGAAUUCACCGAAUUUGACUUGCAAGGCUUUACGGCAAAUUUUAUGUUUGAUACAUAUUGUAAGGUUUGGCACGUAUCAAAAUAGCUGUUCCUUAGAAAUGUAUAACAACGCAAAUUUCGGCAAGAGUUUCGUAAGGCUGGUAACUGCAGUCACGUGCAUUGCUUAAAAGACUGUAAAAAAACGUAAAAAAUAUGUUAACGAAUUUAAUAGAAGUGAGGUCUGUUUCCUGAUGUGCCUUCGUGUUUAGUAAAGGCUGGUUUUCAAUAGCGCAUUAGCGUAAGCAUAAGCGACUGACGCAGAUGCAAUAAGGUACUGUUGAGUAGCGCUUGCUACUUGAAAUGUUUCUUAAUAGAAAGCUUUUAAAGCUCUCUCCACGGUUAGCUUUUCUCAUUUGAAUUACAAUGUAAUCCAACACGUGUUCGGGGCAAUUUCGGGCUAGUCUGUAGUUUCUGCCCGAAAUUACCUCGCAUCCACGUUGAAUUACAUCGUAGUGCAAAUGAGAGGAGGUAAGCGAUGUUAUCAACAUCUUACUGCGCAUGCGUGUGUUGAUUAUGGUCAUGUGCUUAAGUCUGAUUUGACUCGACUUGAGUCGAAAAGCAUUUUUGACUUGAUCAAAUAUAAAAUAAAAUAAAAUAGAAAAUAAAUAUAAAUAAAUGAAUAAAAAAUAAUAAAAUAAUAAAUGAAUGAAAUUCAGCUUAUCUUGUCACUGAUAGAAUUAACUGAUAACUGCCUUCAGAGAUUGUAAUAAAGCUUCUGUGCGAGACAGAGAUGAUUAUAAAGGCGAACUUCUCGUGUUACCAUAAAUUAAAUGGUGCAAAACGAGAGGGAAGGUCUGGAAGAACGACAUAUGUUGUAGAAAGCUAGCGUUUUCCGCUUUCAUGAGAUUAUCUACUCCCCUUGCUUGGUUUUCGGUGUGGGUUUUUUUUCUACCCAGGCCUUUGAACUCGAUUCCAUCUGAUUUUCUGUGACGACACAGGAAUGGAGCACGUGACCAGAAACACAUUGUUCACAGCGACAGUUCAAAAGA